AUGGCAGUAGGCAGUUCGUUCAAUCGGCGUAAUCCGCUCGUACCUGUCACGCCACCUGCACGGAGCCCGGAAAGCUCCGACGAGUUCGAGAACCUCACCGACGACGACGGCGACGAUCGCAUGGCGGAUGAUUCGGCUUUUGUACCGGAUACCACGCCGGAGGGUUUAGAAGCAGACGGAACGACGGUGAUGAAAGCGAUUUCGGUGGAAGACUACAAGAGCAAAAGCGUGAUCAUGGGGUCCUUGGUUGCGGAAUCAAGUCGGUAUGGUGUGAACAGAGCCGUGAUCGACUUUUCUCGGGGCGAAGGAACCCUAGGCGUCCCGAGAGUCGUAAUUGACCUCACCGGAGACAAUUCGGACGAUGAAAUUCAGAUUCGGGAGGUAAUGCCGGCGCCGGCGCCGGCGAGGAUAAAAUCCGAGUGUUCGAACUCGAAAGCUGUUUGUAUAGACGCCAUGGAGACCUCUGUUUCCUCCUUCAUCUGCGAAAUCUGCUGCGACGCGAAGCCAAUGAGCGAUAUUUUCAGAAUCAAAGCGUGCAAACACUCUUACUGCUCCGAUUGCGUUUCGAAAUUCGUAGCUUCGAAGCUCCAACAGAACUUCUCCCAAAUCAAUUGCCCCGUUUCUGGCUGCACGGGCGUGCUGGAGCCUCAUAACUGCCGAUCAAUUUUGCCGCCGCAAGUGUUUGAUCGUUGGGGGGACGCGUUAUGCGAGGGUUUGCUGUUAGCUUCUGAGAAAUUCUACUGUCCCUUCAAGGAUUGCUCUGCGCUUCUGAUCGAUGAAAAGAUGGAAGUUGUGGAAUCUGAGUGCCCCGAAUGCCACAGAUUGUUCUGUGCUAAGUGUAAGGUUCCAUGGCAUUCUGGCAUUGCUUGCUCUGAGUUUCAGAAGCUGCAUGAGAGCGAGAGGGAGAAGGAUGAUAUACUGCUGGUGAAUGUUGCAAAUGAAAAGCAAUGGAUGAGGUGCCCUAAUUGCAGGGUCUAUGUUGAGAGAGUUUCUGGGUGCCCUUUCAUGAUGUGCAGGUGUAAGUGCACCUUCUGUUACAAGUGCGGAGCUCGUGCAAAAGAUCACCAUUGUCAUAAUUGUGGCAUUUAAAACUUAGAAUCUCCAUUGUUGAACAUGUUUG